UGUGACGUCACAAGUCUGCCGAAGCAGUCGAACUUUUCAUCGCUUUGGUUUCCCAGCUCAAAUUUCUAGAGUCGUUUUAUACGAAUUUGUUACAGUACAUGGUGAAUUUUUAGAAUAGACCGAUAGAAAUGUUGUCGUUCAAGGUCAUUCUAACGACCUUUUGUGUGCUAGCGGCAGCAAGCGCCGUUUCUGAGGGGAAAAAGAUUGCGAGAGAGUCAAAUUUUCAGUUUGUUGAAGACAGUUAUGGAAAGGCUCUAAGUGAGUACCAUGCAGUGAACAAGAAAGUGCUUCAUGUACGUGCAACCGGGGGAAAAGGGAAGAUAGAGUACUCUAUCAAGGAGAAGGACACUCCAUUCUCUGUAGAUGCUAAGGGCCAUAUUUGGCUCAUAAAAGCUCUCAACUCAGAUGAGAACAAGUUCUGUGAGUUAACAAUUAUUGCAAAAGAUGCAGAAAAGAGGGUCACAACAACUCGCGUACGAUUUGACAUAAUAAACAUGAACAAGCACAGGCCCCAGUUCAAUAAGCCUGAGAGCGAGCCAUAUAUCUGUGCAGUCACAGAAAAUACUCGUGUUGUCCGCAUUCUGCCCAAAAUCAAUGUCACUGACCAAGAUCGUGGAGAAGCAGGAAAGAUCAAGCGAAUUGAAGUUGCUGAGUCUGGGAUCCCCUUCAAGUUUAAUGUCAAUGAUGACGGUAGUGUCGAAGUUGUGGCUUUGAAAGAUUUUGAUGCUGAAAAGGAAAGUGGCUACUUAUUUGAUAUCAAGGCAUUUGAUGGCGGUGACCCAUCUAAGACUUCGAAACCUGUCCAAGUUGACUGCCGAAUUGUGGAUGUCAAUGAGUUCCCACCUACCUUUGAAAGCAACAAUGUUGUUGCUGUGGUUGAAAGAGGAAAAACUUACAAGAAAAUCCUGCAGCUGACAGCUACAGAUAAAGAUAUUGGCAAGGAGAAUGGAGUGGUCUGCAAGUAUGUGGUAAGAACAGCUGAUGUCCCAUUCAAGAUUACCAAUGAUGGUGUCUUGUACUUGGAUAAGCCACUCGGGAGUGAUGCCCCUGAAUACUGCGCAUUUGAAGUAGCUGCUGUUGACUGUGGUGGUAAAAUAUCAGUUGAGAAUGUUAACGUUCGGGUUGAUAUCAAAGAUUCCUGCAAACCAGGCUACAACAUGGACCAACUUCUUGGUAAGGUCUCCAUUCCGCAGUGUGUUGGUAAAGCCAUCAUCACCCCUGACCUAGAGCUGAACGAGUGUUCCAAAGAGAUUGGUGUGUCCAAGUUUGUGGCAAAGAUUAAGCUCAACUCAAAUGCUGGCAAGGGCUGUGACCGCCAGAGGUACAAGGCCUCUGACAUGUACCAGCUGUGUGGUGCUGAUAAAGUCAGAGAUCUCUUGCCAAGGUUUGGCCCUGGAAAGAGCUGGACCAAAAUCCUCCAGGAAGUCGAGAGUUUUUCAAAUGAUGAUGCAACAUUCUUCUUUGACGGAGAGAAAGACCAUGUUGACAUUCCUGAUGAUGUCUUCCCACAAAAGCUAGGGGAAGAGUUUACCAUUAGUUUCUGGAUGGCAACAAAAGACAAGAAGAAACGCAAGUCUGAUCAGGUUAUUCUGGACUCCUCAGAUGCAAACUUGCACAACCGCAUCCACUUUGCUGUCACCCUAAAGAAUCACAACCAACUUUCCAUCAUCCACCGCUUGGAGUCUUGGCAAGGCAAACAGAAUGAGUUCUUCAAGUCCACAUUCCUCUACAGACCCGACUUGUGGAAAAUCAACAUUGCUGACACCAAAUGGCAUCACUUCACAAUCUCUGUCAAUAGAUCACUUGUCAGCCUACACAUUGAUGGACAACAUGUGGGUCCCCAUAGGACAAUCCCUAACUUCCGCCUUCACGCCUCCAACACCAAGAGCCAUGCCGUGGUGGGGGCAGUGUGGAAGGGAAAGGAUAAGAAGUAUGAGAAGCACUUCCGUGGAUUCUUGUCUGGUAUGACCGUGAGACCCAACAAACUUACAUCCAAACAGACAAUUCGUUGCCUCAUGGGUUGCCGUGAACAUAUAAAUAUCGGCACCAGCCUUCCUCACGGCUUCACCGCCACUAUGCCCAGGUUUAACACCAUGGUGAUCAAAGGGACCGGGAGACCAGUAGACUUCCAAAAGAUCCUGCAGAACCUGGAGUACCAGAACGACCUUUUCACCCCAACCUCUGGGGUCCGCAACUUCCAGAUCGACACCACACAGAACGGUGUCAAGCUGGAGAAGAUCAGUGUUGACAUUGAACUUGAGAAGAACACUAAGCCAAAGAUUGUCCUUAUAGGCUGCGGGGAUGUGCAGGCAGACGAGGAGCGCAUUGCUGGUGUUGGAGUACCAGUCUGUAGGACCCUAACCCUCAGGUUUGAGGGCUGCAAAGCAAAGCGCGAAAGCCCAGUGAAUAAUGUCAUGUUCCUUGAUGAAGCGGUGAUCAAGGUAGAGCCUGCUCUCAGUCAGCACGAGUCGCUGAACUUCCCUGUUGGCGUCAGGGGCUCAACCAUCCUAGAUGACCUGGAGCUUGAGGCGUCUAAGACCGAUGAUGGCGUUGUGAUCAGGGGCGUGGCAGACUACAAGGCGUACGAGCGAGUACUAAGAGAGAUGACAUAUGUGAACAAGAAGCCGAAGGAACACCCAAGACACACCUUUAAGUUUCAUGUGUCUGAUCAGAAUGGCCGUUUCAAGAGUAACGAGAAAGUUCUCCAGAUCUCAACUCCCCGCGUGCGCCCCAUCAUGGCGAACAAGGUACGCCCCUUUAACCUGCAGCUGGGCAGCAGUGCGACCAGGGAAGAGAGAGCACCUGUCAAGGUGAUAGAUCGUGGCAGCAGGAUGCCCACUGGCCUCGUGCCCGCCAUAAUCGUGGCGAGUGCUUGUGUGUUCUUGGUACUCGUCGUGCUCGGCAUUUACCGACUCAGGAAGGGUGCCGUCAAGCUCGAGGUCCCUGCCAGUCAGGCGGAGAAAGAGGAGAUGUACUGGGACGACACAGGCCUGAGCGGCGUGCGCAUCACAGUGAACCCGCUCCAGAAAUUCCAAGAGCUCGACCUGAAUGAAGACAAUGACUCCGACAACGGACACAGCGACGAUGAGGACAGCCAGAUUGCCAAGAAGAGCCUGGAGUGGGACGAGAGCGACAUGUAAUGGCGCAGCAGCAGCAGCAUACAGUCAAUUGACAUAAGGUUAUCGUCAAUCAGCUGCGCUUACGCUUACGCUAACGCAUAACUUCAGACUUAUGCUGCAUUCACACGAAAACCAUGUCUAGUUAAACAAGGUUUUUUUUGCCUAAUAACUUGCCAAGUUUCCCAUUGUGUUGAAUUCUUACUAGCUAAAUGAUCACUUAGUAACAUGUACAGCAUAGUCUAUUCAGUGUUGUUCUUGGUUCUAUCCACUCUUGGGAGAUUGAGUUUUAAACCACCUUUAAACUUUAAAGUGCUGGUGUGAAUGCGUUUUUAGACGCGGUGGCUAAUAUAUGCAGCUAGGCGCUUCAGGGGUUUUUACCCAUGCUUACAUGCGGGCUUAUCGCGUAGUUGCGAAGCUGGUUGACGACAACCUUUUGUCAAUCGACUGUACACUCCUGGGCACAAGUGCUGCUCCCUUUGAGGCUUUAGUUUGUAAUUAGAGUCUCAGUGAUCGUGUUGCACUGGGAGUUUUGUAUAUGAAAACAAUCGGGUCGCACUUGAAAACAAGCGCUCGUUCAUUAGCUAAUUUGGUACUACACGAGUUAGUUUUAUUAACAAAGCUCAUUAUCUGAGCGUGAAGUUUUGAGUUUUAUGCAACUAGGGGUACAUGAUUUCUUCCAUGUUCGAGUCAGCUCUUUGAGCGUCGCGGUAUCCAUUUUUCGUCAAAAACUCGAGGAGUGGUUAUCCUCGCCUUUGCCCUGCAAGUCUUCGGGUGAUUGUGGCCCAAUAACUAUCCCUUGUAAUAUAAUUUUAUUUUGUAUAGUACCGUUAUUUUAUUAUAUUUUUUCCAUUUUUAGAAACAACAUAUGUAGCAGUUCAGGUAAAUGGAGGAUGUGAAGUUUUGUAUAUGCCAAGCUAAUACCUCAUGAACCUAUAUAUCUUUCCUCGUCUAGUGAACAUGAUAGAUACAUACGCAUAGCCAAGUCUUGUUUGGGGAUUUUUCAGUUAUGAUGAUUGCAUUUUUCUAAAAACGUUAUGUGCAUGCUAUCAUGCUAUGUUUUCGCCUGUACUAGUUAUAUGUUGUAUCUAAUAUUUAUGACAAGUAUAAUCGCAUGUAAGCAAUUCAGCACUGGAUGUGAAAUAAAACUCAUAAAAGAC